AUGGCCAAAGAGACUCAAACUCAAACCAAGUUUUUGAAACCAGGUAAAAUCGUCAUUAUUUUGCAAGGUAGAUAUGCUGGUAGAAAGGCAGUGAUCGUCAAGAACUUUGAUGAGGCCGCUAACGACAAGUCUUUCCCACACGCAGUUGUUGUCGGUAUUGACCAUUAUCCAAAGCCAGUGACUAAAUCCAUGUCCUUGACUUCACUCAAGAAGAGAAGCAAGCUCACUGUUUUCAUCAAGGCUGUCAACUACCAACACUUGAUGCCAACAAGACAUACAUUGGAUAUGGACUUUAAGGGAUUGGUUGCUGAUAAAGUAGAAGACCCAUCACAAAAGAAGGAAGCAAAGAGACAAAUCAAGAAGAAGUUUGAAGCAAGAUACCUCAAGGGUGGUAAGGCCAUGAAGGAAUUCUUCUCUCCAUUGAAGUUCUAA